AAGAGGCACAGUUUUGUUAUUCCACUUUACAUUUUGCCUAUAUUUAUUGGGACUCGAGCGGAGGUGCCUAACAGCAAAGCUAUACUCGAUCAACUGAUCUCAAGUGAUGAACCCAAAGCCUUGGCAGAAACUAAUUUUAAAAAAUUUGUGAGCACCAGCAGUCCCCAUAGUUCAACAUCCUCUGCGAGUCCCCUCAACUCAACAGGGACAAUCUCAGCGGGAUCCCCGAAUUCAACAAUAGCAUAUCCAUUCGUAGCAUCAUUGCAAAUCAAAAAGGAAAAGUUUAUGCAUCUCUGUGGCGCUACAAUAUUGAGUGCCAACUUCGUAUUGACGGCGGCCCAUUGCUUUCUGAAAUACCCCAAGCUGAAGCCCAAAAAUUAUCUCGUGGCCGCCGGCACCAAUCGACUGUUCACUAGAAAAACAAAACACUUUUAUGUUAGCAGUUUGAGAAAAUAUCCCAAUUUCAAGCCCCUGAAGGGCCACGAUAUUGCACUGCUGAAGCUAGCAACGCCCAUACCGAUAGACAAUGUUCGAUUCGCAGCCUUAGACUUUCGGGAUACCACUAGGAAGCCCAGCAAUGUGAAUACUCUGCUCAUCGGCUGGGGUCGCACCAAGCCAGGCGUACCAAAGGACCUAGAAACCGUCGCCUUCCGCACCAUAAAAGAUGAAGAGUGCCUUGUUAGUCAUAGAUUUAAGUUUUUCACUGAUUCAGAAAUUUGUGCGAUCCACACAACGGGAAUUCGUGGAGCCUGUGAUGGCGACUCGGGUGCACCUCUAAUAGACGUGAAGAAGCACAAGCUCUUUGGCCUGCUCUCGUAUUCACGCAAGCCCUGCGAGCCGCACAAGGUAUACGCCUUUACGCGAAUCAGCCCCUAUGUUAGCUGGAUCAAGGAGCAAAUGGGGACUAUGUAAUAGCAAGUCAAAUAAGAAUAAGAAACGCACUAAAUAAGUUUCUCAGUGUCUAUUCGGCUUAAUGUAUGCAGUCAAAUUCCCACUUGACGCUUGCCUCGUUCUUAUCCCCAAAUGCAAAUAAAGGAAGUCACUUAAAAAAUUA